CUGCCGAUGACACCCCCGGAUCCGAUGGACGCGGGAGUAUACCAUGGCUCUGAGCCUGGGUCGAGCUCGAGGUCUGGCUCUGGCUCUGGCUCUGGCGCCGCCGUGCUGACGGCCGUGCAUGUUAUCGCGACGGAACGCGCCGCCCUGGAGAAUCUCGAGACGCUGUACCAGAGCGAUCGGAUGGCACAGGAGAACCUCGCCCGCGCGGUGGACCAGAUCGUGCGCAGCAUGCAGCGCGGGGGCAAGCUGGUGGUCUGCGGCGUGGGCAAGAGUGGCAAGAUCGGGAAGAAGGUCGAGGCCACGAUGAACAGUAUGGGCAUCCACAGUGCGUUUCUGCAUCCUACGGAAGCUCUGCAUGGGGAUCUGGGGUUGAUAAGACCGGUUGAUACCCUUCUCCUCAUCUCCUUCUCCGGCCGCACGCCAGAACUGAUGCUUCUCCUCCCUCACAUCCCACCGACGGUCCCAGUCAUCGCCAUCACGUCACACACAACCCCUACAACGUGUCCGCUGCUCUCCUUCCUACCGCCAGACCUGGGCAUCCUCCUGCCGGCGCCCAUCCACGAAGACGAGGAAUCCUCGUUUGGGGUCUGCGCGCCGACCUCGUCCACCACGGUCGCGCUCUGCCUGGGCGAUGCAGUCGCUCUCGCCGUCGCCCGUGCCCUGCACGACCAGCCGGGACGCGGGCCCGCAGAGGUCUUCAAGGGAUACCAUCCGGGGGGAGCGAUUGGCGCCGCGCUGGCCGCCGCCAUCUCGACCCCGUCCAUGUCCACCUCGGCGUCAACCGCGUCGUUGACCUCCAUCCCGUCCGAUUACCUACAUAGCAAGCCUGUCACCUAUCCCUAUCAACCGUAUGUCGGUACAGGAAGAAUGCAGGAGUUGAUCACCGACCUUUUCGUUCCAUCCGAUCAGAUCCCUACUGUCUCAUCAUCAUUAUCAUCAGCUGCGCUGCUUGAUAUCCUCCUCACGGCCAUCCAGCACCCGACUGCUAAAUCCUGGGUGUUCCUGUCCCCCACGACAAUCGUUCCACCAACACAUACCCGCUCCCUCUGUCAGAAUCGAAAUGUCGACCUCCCCCUGUCAGAGAUCCCGGAUGAUGGCCGUUUCGCGGUUCAUGCGACCGAUUGGAUCCGCGUGCCGGCGUCGAGGACCCGCGAGCAGACGCAAAGAUACCUAGCUGGCGUUGCCGGGGUCACUCCUACCUCUGUGGUUGCUGUGAUGGAUACCCUUGAUCCCAAACUUUGUCUUGGCUUUAUCGAGGCAAAGGAUCUG